UCUUGCUUCCAUCCAGACCCAGAGACAUCGCUGAACGCUGAUGUGUCACAAGAAAUGAUACCCCAACGAUUUUUGUCUAUGAGUUUUUGGAUGUAAUAACAUAAACGAAGAGAAGGUGUGUUUCAAGCGUGACAGAGGACGCGGUGGAAGCGACCCAAAGUAUUUACCUGUUUGCUAAUGGCGCCCAAAGUUAAAGUUGGAACUAAAGGAAAGAAGCAGAUUCUCGAGGAGAAUGAGGCGACCUUAAAGUUCUACACAAGGGUUAUCCUUGGUGCUAAUGCUAUAUAUGCUGUUGUAAAUCUUUUCAUCUUUUACAAUUCAUCUACCUUUUGGACAUGGCUGUUACUGGCGUUAGUGCUCGCAGUGUAUGCGGGGAGCUACCGCUCCAUGUCCUCCAUGGCCAAACCGGUGUUUGCUGAAGAUGGAAGUCUUCUAGAUGGAGGGAUAGACUUAAACAUGGAGCAGGGAAUGGCAGAGCACCUUAAGGAUGUCAUUCUUCUCACAGCCAUCGUCCAAGUGCUCAGCUCCAUCUCUUCAUAUUUCUGGUAUCUCUGGCUGCUGGCCCCGGCUCGUGCUUUUCACCUGCUCUGGGUGAACAUUCUGGGCCCCUGGUUCUCGGCGGAGACCGCGUCGGCACCGGAGGAAGUGAACGAGAAGAAGCAGAGAAGACAAGAGCGUCGACAGAUGAGGAGAUUCUGAUGGCGCACAACAGACGGGGCAGUAUUUUUAUACACGGAAUCAAAUAACUAGACUCAUUAAGUUAUUCCGUGGAAGUCAUUUUGUUAUUGAAUGAAACACGAUCCAGAUCAUUGACACAAACCAUCUCAUUUACCACCUUUCGUUUCUUCCUGAAUUCCCUAAGCGAUCCUCCUUUCAGACAAAUCUGACCUCAUGUGAAGUUAUCAGUGUCGUAUUUGACACAUUUGACUUGACUAGACAUCCAUCCAAUAUUGACCACACUGAGUGAAAAGUCAUAUCAUGCUGCAGGGAUGGGAUUUAUUAUCUUUUUAAUUAAACGUCUUCUCAGUCCACAACAGUCUUACGGCUUGGGAGUCUCUGAUUCUUCUAUCCCUUUUUUCUUUUACAACUUCAACCAAUUGGCCUUUUAAUGAAUUAACUGAUAAGUAAUGUUUGUGAUUUAAUCUUCCAAUGUCAUAUUGACACAUCGAUUCACUUCACUGAUACUGACUGAUGGACCAAAGCUGGAUUCGGUGUUUGAGAUGAAACAUCCUUUUUGUCCAUUGCUGACAGCCGCGCUACUCUUAUUUUCUUUCGAGCUUUUCACGGGAGUUUUUCUUAUUGGUACUGUAAUGUUUUCAGCGUACAGUAUUAAAUAUAUAAUAUUGUACAGUUAACACUCAGAUUUUGAGUCGAUUUAGUUUAAAUUAUUUCAACAACUAAAAUUACAUUUUUCCUCAUUUUGACUUAACGCAUGCAAAAUUACUGCUGUUUUCCAUUUCUUUUUAAAUUUAUUUUCCAACUAUUUCAACUUUAUUCUUGUACGUUUUCUUCUCUUAAUUAUGACUUUAUUCCCAUAAUAUUUUGACUUUAUUCUCGUAAUAGUUGAUCUUUUUUCCCCAACCUAAUUUUCCAGAAUUUACAAUUUUAUUUUCUUUUGUUUAUUUCUCAUAAUAUUAUGACUUUUAAAAGAUAACACAUUUUUUCUUUAAUAUUUCAAUUCCAUAUCACAAAUAAAUAAAUAAAAUAAUUUCCAACUAUUUCAACUUUGUUUUGUACAUUUUCUUCUUUUGUAAUUAGGACUUUAUUCCCAUAAUAUUUGACUUUAUUGUCGUAAUAAUAAAACUUUUUUUCCGCCACCUAAUUUUCCAAACUUUAUUUUGUUUCUCAUAAAUUUAUGACUUAUAAAAUCUAACACAUUUUUUCUUUGAUAUUUCAACUCCAUAUAACUAAAAUUACAUUUUUCCUCAUACUAUUUUGAUUUUACUGUCACAAAUUAGAAUUAUUUUUUUCAAUUUCUGCUUGUUUUUUUUUCAUUUAUUUUCCAACUAUUUCAACUUUUUCUUCUAUAAUUAUGUCUUUAUUCCCAUAAUAUUUUGACUUUAUUCUCUUAACAUUCUAACUUUUUUUUCCAUUAAAUUUUUUUUUAAAUUUAAUGUAUUAGGACUGUACAGUAUUCACAUAAUAUUUUGAAUUUAUAUUUAUUAAUAUUAAAACUGGUUUCUCCAACCCAAUUUUCAAAAAAAUUACAGCUUUAUUCAUUUUGUUUGUUUCUAAUAAUAUUACAAGAUUUACACAUUUGAUUUGGAUA